AUGUUGGUUUUAAUACUUGUCUGUUUUUUCUUGUCUGUAACUGGACGAGAGAUUCAGACACGGGACACGGAAUGUCUCCCAGAGUUCGGCUGCUUCAGCUCGCACGGACUCGUCCCUGUUCCCCAGGAGCCGGAGAGGGUGAACACGCACAUGAGGAUUUUUACACGCGCGCACGCGCACAACCCUAUCGUAAAUUUUGACGUGGAUCACUAUAGCAGUCAGAUUGGACACUUCGCCUCGGCGCUAGACACAUCAAAAGAAACGAAAAUCGUUAUCCAUGGUUACCUUAACUCCGGAUCAGAUUCCUGGGUGGUCCAGAUGACCAGCGAACUGCUCAAAAAAGGUGACUUCAACGUGAUUGUGGUUGACUGGCAAAGUGGAAGUAAACAGGCGUACGGCCACGCUGUGGGCAAUACGUACCUUGUCGGAGCGGAAGUUGCAAAGACGCUGACUUAUCUCCAUAGCAACCAAUCACUUCAGUACAACAAAGUACACAUCAUUGGCCACAGUCUUGGGGCACAAAUAGCCGGACACAUCGGAUACCGUGUAAAGGGCAUUGCCCGUAUUUCUGGACUAGACCCAGCUGAGCCAGACUUUAAGGGUCAACCUACUGACCGCCGACUUGACUCGUCUGAUGCCACCUUCGUCGACAUCAUCCACACAGAUGGGUCAGCUUUCCUUGGAGUUUCGGGUUACGGUAUGAUGGACGCUAUCGGCCAUGUUGACUUUUAUCCUAAUGGCGGCCAGCAUCAGCCAGGAUGUAACGAAAAACCCCUUACCAGCGCCAUCAGUAACAUUCUUCACGGGUCAGUCGGAGGCGCCGCUGAUUCCCUCGCGUGCAGUCACUCUCGAGCAAUAAAUCUGUUCAUCGAAUCUAUUAACUCACCGUGCAAAUUCUAUGGUCACGUUUGCUCGUCUGCGUCACAGUUCGACAAUGGCGCGUGCCUUGGCUGUCCAACUGGUGGAUGUCCAGUGAUGGGAUACGAGGCUGACCAGACAAGUCAGAGAGGAUCUUUCUACCUUAGCACAGCCGGCUCAUCGCCAUACUGUGCUCACGAAUAUUCUGUUGAAAUCCACGUGUCGUAUUUCUCGGGAACAACAUACGGGGAACUGCUCGUCACUUUGGUGGGAGACAAUGGUAGAUCAGAAGAAAUCAAGUUUUCUCCACGUAAUGAGUACUUCCGUGCUGGUCAGGUGGAGAAGCACGUCAUCGCCACAAACAUGGAUAUCGGUCAAGUGACGUCACUGCGCGUGAAGUAUGACGAACCUAACCGAGAUUCUCACACACACCAUACUGCACAUACAAUCAAACUACACAGCAUCCUCGUCCAGUCUACAGAGAACACUAAUCAGGUGAAGUUUUGUGGACACGAGAACGGGAUACACGCAGACCGAACAAUGACUUUGUCAUCUCACUGGGGCUGCUAGAGAGCGGAACUCCUUUGUGACGUCACUGUGAUUUCUCCAACACUGACGUUAUGCCAGGCUGUAUACAGAGUC